GGUGGACCCCGAGAAGGGGGUCUUUCGGCUGGGGAAUCGGGGAGAAUGUGGACGCCAGCAUCAUGCCGAGAGAAGCUGGGGAGCCCGUGGCUGUCGAUGCCAUUGCGACUGAGCCGCGGUUCACUCAGCGCUACCGGGAGUAUCUCGAGAAGCAGAAGCUGCUGGACCGAGAGCACCGGGUGGGGAAGAUGCCCGACGGCACGCUGGCGCUGCCGGUGCUGGGAGGGCCGCUCCCCGAGCGGCACCUGCGGGAGCUGACGGGCCGCGUGGCCCCGGGCAGCACCUGCGUGCGGACGCGGCUGCCGCAGCCCGAGCCGUCCAGGAGGGCCCGGAGCUGCCCGCCUGCCCAGAGGCUGUGCCUGGCGGUGAGGCGGUGGGUCGAGGCCCGGGGAGGGACGUGGUCCGCAGAGCUGGAGGCCGAUCUGCCCAGAUCGUGGCAGCGGCAUGGCAACCUCUUGUUGCUGAGUGAAGAAUGUUUCCAGGCCGAGCGAUGGGGAGAUCAAGAACCCGGGUUCUGGGAGAUGGUUGCCUCGGCCCUGGGUGUGCAGCGCCUGGCAAGGCGAGGGCGAGUGUGCCCUGACGGCGCUCGGACUCCGGCGGUGACCCUGCUGCUGGGCGACCAUGGCUGGGUGGAGCAUGUGGAUAAUGGCAUCCGAUAUGAAUUCGACGUGACCCAAUGUAUGUUCUCCUUCGGGAACAUCACCGAGAAGCUGCGCGUGGCCUCGCUGGCCUGCGCCGGACAAGUGCUAGUAGAUCUGUAUGCGGGGAUUGGCUAUUUUACUUUGCCCUUCCUAGUUCAUGCCGGUGCUGCCUUUGUCCAUGCCUGCGAGUGGAACCCCCACGCUGUAGUUGCACUAAGAAGGAACCUUAAGCUCAAUGGUGUAGCAGAUCGAUGCCAAAUACACUUUGGGGACAACAGGAGCCUGAAGUUGUAUAACGUCGCCGACAGGGUGAACUUGGGGCUGAUUCCCAGCUCCGAGGAGGGUUGGUCCGUUGCCUGCAAAGUGCUUCGACAGGACGCGGGGGGCAUUUUGCAUAUCCACCAGAAUGUGGAAUGCUUCCCAGGGACGAGUCCCCAAGCUCCUGAAAGCCGGGAGCUGGAGUCAGAGCCCUGCUGUACUCCUCAACAAAUGGUCGCCAGCCAAGAAGGAAAUGGAGCUGCUGGGGAUCCUGGGAGCAAAGUGCCUUCAGCGACCAAGCCAGAAUGGCAGCGCUGGGCACAAGCUGCAGACACUCGAAUUGCCUCUCUCCUGCAGCAGGUACACGGGAGACCGUGGAGGACACAGAUCCUGCACAUCCAGCUAGUGAAGUCUUACGCACCCCACGUGGACCACAUAGUCCUGGAUCUGGAAUGCCGCCCUCUCUAGCUGACUAAAGGAAGAACUUCCUGGGAUACAAUGGAGCCCUGUCUGAGCGGCCCCUCCUGUGUCCACGCCGACUGGGUUCUGACCUGUUUUGUCUUCUGAAAAUCUGUCUUAACACUUUGUGGCCCUGAAAGGAGCUCUGUUCUAAGGCAGGUCGCUGACUUGGCUUUAU